AUGGCAGCUCCAAGAGAGACCAAGAAGAGAACCACCAGAAGGAAGAAGGAUCCAAAUGCCCCCAAGAGGGCUCUGUCGGCGUACAUGUUCUUUGCCAACGAAAACAGAGACAUUGUGCGUGCAGAGAAUCCAGACGUCACUUUUGGCCAGGUCGGUAGAAUUCUUGGGGAAAAGUGGAAGGCGUUGACACCAGACGAAAAGAGCCCCUACGAGGCCAAGGCCGAAGCUGAUAAGAAGAGAUACGAGUCUGAAAAGGAGCUGUAUAACGCCACCCGCGCUUGA